GCACUCCCGAAAAAUUUGGGUUUCGCAAAAUUCCUCCAGCAUGCUGGAUAAAAAUUGUGUAGAAAAUGAUAUUACCGCGUGCAUAGACCGAGCUACUGACUUUUUGUUGUUGAAAGAUUUUGAAAAAUGCGCUUUCGAGUGUAUAAAGGGACUUAUAAUCGCAAAGCAGCAAGCAGACGAAGAAAGUGUUAAUAGAGCCUCGGAGAUGUUGUGUGUUUUGUGGAUUCAGGCAUAUGCUGAAUUGGAUCGUUGGCGGGAAGUGUUACCUUUUAUAACACAGGAAUACCAAGGAAUAGAAGGAUGUCCAGUUAAAGUUGUUCAGCUUCUAGUACUUCUCCAUGCUAAAGUUGAGGAAUUUGCACAGUGCCAUGCAAUAGCAAGCAUAUGGCUGAAGACUGACCAAAGUGUCAAAGAUGUUGAAGGUUAUGCGGUCCUGGCUGAAACCUAUUUGACUCAUGUCCUUGCAAGACAGAAGAAGUGGCAAGAGAUGGGUGCAUUUCUGAAGAGUUGUACUUCAUUGUCUUCAGAAGAAAUGACAAGACUUACACAAUUGUCAGAACUUUUAAAAAUCACUGAAGAAGACACUUCUAGUAGGAAAGAAAGGGAGAUCAAGGAUUUAGUACAGAGGCUCAAGAAACGAUCCCAAACACAACAGUGUAACACACACUCAAGAAAGAAUGCCAUCUCUGAGGUUGGGACAGAAUCCGAUUGCAGCAGAGGAAACCACAGGCGCAUUGUGACAUUUGUCCAUGGGUUAGGCCUUUACGUUAGCCGUGGACUUAGAUACAUCAACCUUAAAGUGAUCUACAAACUUAUCUUUGUGGGAAUGUUUGUGUACCUGAUCACAAUACAAGCCAAUGUGGGUGAUCUGAUCUCUAAUACUACCAGAAUAGGCCAGGUAGGAGAGGCAUUGAAGAAAGUACUGGUUUCUCUUCUGUGGCCUAGACAUCAGCAUUAGCACACAUGUGUGGACACGGGUGUAAUGUAUAUCAUCUUAUGACUGUACAGGUAUACAUUACCUGAUAUUGUUACGAUCACUGUGAGUUGAUGUCUAACUCAUGCUGGCUUUCUUCUCGGUUGUACUCAAGAAAGUCAGCGCGGUUUCCUCCCAAUAUGAUGCUGUCGUAUGAGUUAAAUAUUGUUGAGUACAGCACAAAACACCAAUCAAGUUAUUAAGUAAAUACCUGAUCACCAAGGAAUAACUGGCAGUUAGAUAAUUUACAAGGUGACUUUGCAACAAGGUAUAUAUGGAUGUCAACUUAUGGUCUUAGACUGAGAGUUUGAGGCCUUUAAAGGUGGCGAAAACAUAAAAAGCAUGUACGAGCGUAAACUACAUAAGAGUGUGAAAUUACUUGUAAAUUUGAUGGGUUCUUUGGUCUUUAAAGAGAAAGCAACAGUUGAAAACUCAUUUUUGCUCAUGUUUAUACACAUGUAGUUAUUUUCUUGUAUAGAAGGUCUGUGUUAUGGUUGACUCUUGUUUUAUAAUGAUGUUACAUGUAUGUAGGCCUACAAUGCAGUAUCAGAGGUUAAAAAGUAGUUGUUUUACAAUUAAUCCAUAUAUGCCUCAAUCUGAUGUUUCUGCAGAAUGUAAAUGUAGUUCACGUUCUCUGUUAAACGAAGGAUAAGUAAACACAGAAUCAUGCAUCAGUGGAAAGAACUGAAAGAAAUGCUAUCGUUUUUUCAUUGAGGUGAUAUCUGUUAAUCAAUGAAUCAAUAAUUGUUUGUUAAUGUAGAUAUGCUAAGAUUCCAGAUUUAAUGUUUAGAUAUACAAGAGGUCACUCACUUCUUGUUAGAAAUGAAUAUGAAAUUUUGAAAUUAGAAUGUUACACCAGCACAGUAAUGUCCCUUGUUUUUCUGAUUGACUGUCAUAUAUACAGACGAAGAAAGCAUCCAGUAACUUGUAAAUUACUUCUUUUGUUCUGAAUCUCAUGGAUUGCGUUAUGAAAAAAAUUUAUUAAAGAUUCUCUCUGAAUAGGUGCUGUAGUUUACAGUAAUAGAAGAUAUAGACAAGCAAGCAAGCUAUUGGACAAAGUGAGGAUGUUAUUUAUCUUUGUAAAGGGAACCUCCGUGGCUGAGGUAGUUGCAAGCCAGCGCAGCACAACAACCCAGGAGGUUGUUACAAAUAUGUUUGCUGUGAGUUCCUCUCCUGCAGUACGUGGCAACGUCUGUCAUCAACUUGCAGAUGGUUGUGGGUAUCCCCCAGGCUCUGCAUGGUUUCCUCCCACCAUAAUGCUGGCCACCAUCAUAUAAGUGAAACAUUCAAGAGCACGGCAUGAA